GGGCGCGGGCAGAGCCGGCAGGGCGCCCCCUCGCGGCCCGGCCCGGCACGGCACGGCCGGAUCGCUCAGCUCAGCCCAGCCGGCGCCGUCUCCUAUGGCAACGGGAGGGGGGCACAGCGUGGGGCACAAAGUGGGGCACAGCCGGGGCCACAGCGGGGGCCACCUCCAGCCCGGGCAGCCGAGCCCAGGACCCCAGAGCCGCCGGGGACAGUCCGCGUUCCCACGUUUCCGGAAGCGGUCCGACGCUGAGGCUGUCUCCCCCGGCACGUGCGCCGUGCCGGGAACCUCAGGAAAGUUUCUAGUGGAGUCCCUCACACUUGACCAGACCUCUGUCCACUUUGGACUUCCAAAGACCCCGUUCUGCAUCUGGGAAAAUAAUGUGACCCCGUGAACUUUUGCGAACCUACCAGAGGGGAAGUGCUCACUCUGGGAAGAAAGCGGCUCUUUUUCCUUCCUCUCCGAGAAGACUCUCCUCAGCUUCGAGCAUUCAAAAAUGCCAGCCAAGACCCCGAUUUACCUGAAAGCGGCCAACAACAAGAAAGGGAAGAAAUUCAAACUGAGGGACAUCCUGUCCCCGGACAUGAUCAGCCCUCCUUUGGGGGACUUCCGGCACACGAUCCACAUCGGGAAAGAGGGCCACCACGACGUCUUCGGCGACAUUUCGUUUCUCCAAGGCAAUUACGAGCUCCUGCCCGGAAGUCGGGAGGAGAAGACGAGAAUCGGCCAGUUCCCGGCCCACAACGAGUUCCUGAGAGCCAACAGCACCUCGGAUUCUGUGUUUACGGAAACCCCCUCGCCCGUGCUCAAAAACGCCAUCUCCCUGCCGGCCAUCGGCGGGUCCCAAGCCCUGACGCUGCCCCUGCUCUCCCCUGUGACAUUUAACUCCCAGACGGACGCCUUGGCCGCUGGCAGGCUCCCGAGACUGAUCUGCGAGCCGGUCGCCGAAGAGAAGCUACAGGAGAAAAGCCAACCGGGGGCGGACGCGACGUCGCGGCGGUCCGACGCCCCGUGGAAGCCGAACGGCGUCGCUUCCCGGUACAGUAACGGGCGGGACAGCCCCUCGUCCACCCUCUCCGACCAGUACGUCGACUGGCUGACCGACGAGCUCUCGGACGACGGCCCCCUCCCAGGAAGCCUCGGGAAGGGCAAGUCCGAAUCGGAGCCGUCCCUUUCCGAGAUGACCGGCUCGCUCCUCUCCCUGCAGCUCGACCUCGGGCCCUCGCUGCUGGACGAAGUCCUGAACGUCAUGGACAAGAAUAAGUCGUAGGACCGACCGCCCUGCCGCCCCCCACUCCAUCCCCGCCGCGCAGCUCAGGGGGACAGGAGGGCAGCCGCAGCGGCGAAGAAACAGAAGGCUGAAAAGUACAGACUGAAAAGAGGCCUCACCGGCUGUUUUCCAGUGGUCUGACGGGUUUUCUUAAAGAGUGUUGCAACAAAAUAUUUUUUUACUUAUGUAUUUCACCUUUGCAAUAUGGUAAAACUCUCCCGGCGAGAAGAGGAAACAAGUCUAAUCCCGUUUCUUGCCUGGGUUGGAUGAGAUCCGGCGUUGGUGGGUACACACGCGUGAGGAAUCCGGCUCGGGCCAAAACCAGCCGACUCGCUCGCUUUGAGGAAACCUUUCCGUGCUGAUUUUUCUCCGGGAUUUCCAGCUGGGCUGUGUUCAGAAUGAGGGGUGGGACGCUAUUACUUUCACCGUUAUUUAACAUCCGGGCCUCUUUCUUGAGAGGUGGACCGUUUCUCUGUUUCGCCUGCACGCCGAUCCUCCAGGCUCAAAUCUCUUGCUUAUUGAAUCCAGCCUUCCUGCUGUUCACCUGUCGUUCAUUACCAAUCUGUGGGCGCUUACUCUGUGCAGAGCACUGUACUGAGCGCUUGGGAGAAUACAAUGCAACAGAGUUGGUAGUCACGUUCCCUGCCCACAGCGAGCUUACAGUCUGGAUAUCUCUAUCCGCAGUUUCGGACUGUCGGGGGACCUGUGGUGAAGAUGGCAAAGGCGGAGCAUUUACUGUAACUAAAUUAUUUUUAAAGUUGAGAUAUAUUUUUAUGUGCCUUUGGCUUUUUAUCACAGAGUCUACAUUUUAUAGGGAUUGCAUCAACAAGUUUGUGGUUUGGCUUGUGUCCACUGAUGGUCCAUUGUAAAUUUUGUGUGCGCGCGCGCGUGUGUGUUUGAGACAGCAACUCGUAAUACUCGACUUUACCUUUGUCUCUAUAUAUCAUAAAUGCUUAUCUGCCAAGGACGGGUUGGGAUGUUUAAGGAGGGCACCGGUUACUCACAAGGCUUCUGCCGAGAUAGGGGGUGACGCCUUUAUGAUGUUUUUGGAAACGGGGAUGGUUCAGUACAUCCUUGCAGCGCGUAGGUACUUCAUGCAACACAAUAAAGAGUUAAUGUUGAACGGUA